CAUUUACGGAUCAUGCAUGUUGACUCAGGAGCCACACACACGCAUUUCUGUUUUGAAUGUACGAAGAACUCACGCCUUUCUCCGGGACCCCUGACGUCGAGCUGAGAUCCUUGGUGACUGAUCCUUCAAGUUGUUUCCCCAGCAGUAUUAAUCCAAACGUCACAUCUGACCCGAACCACGACUGCGUCCUCGUCCUUUUAAAAACACGAAAACGACAGUCGUCACUCACCUUGGUGUUUUAUUAAUAGGUACAGGACGCCCUCUGACCGCUGUCGUCUCUAUGCUGCUGCAAUACCCGCCGCGGCCGCAGAGUGCCGCCGAAGCCGUAUGCGCUUCGCCAGUGUCUUGUCAAGUAGCAGACGCGCGAACAGCCCCUCUGGUACGAGGCCUCAGCGGUACCAUCCAGUCGGGUUCGGCUCUACGAAUCGAGGGCAUGUCGGCUGUUCUGGGUCGUCUCGGAGCGGUGGGUCCAGCAUCUCUUUCUCGUUUCCGUGGUACUUUGACUGGAGCUUUGCUCGGCGAUUGUCUGGGAGCGGAGUUUGAGGGCGCUGAGGAGGUGCCGUUAGAUAGAGUCAUACAGCAUCUCGGGAGCCUGGAGGAGAACCGUGGAGAUGGUAUCCUGCAAUAUUCUGAUGACACGGCCAUGACACGCUGUGUUGUACAGUCUCUUCUUUCCCGCUCUGACUUUGAUGAUAUGGAUAUGGCAAGAAGGUUUGCAGAAGAAUAUCGGCGUUCUCCUCACAGGGGCUAUGGGGCUGGAGUUAUUCGUGUUUUUAAGAAGCUAUUGAACCCCAAAUGUUCAGAUGUUUUCCAGCCGGCACGGGAACAGUUUAACGGAAAGGGCUCCUUUGGCAAUGGUGGUGCUAUGAGGGCAGCACCAUUCGCACUUGCCUAUCCUGAUAUCCAUGACGUCAAGAAGUAUGCCAGGCGAUGUGCGCAGCUGACUCACGCUUCCUCUCUUGGCUACAACGGAGCCGUCCUUCAAGCCCUGGCUGUACACCUUGCUCUCCAGGGCGUCAUGUGUUGGAGCGAGUUCUUGGAAGUUCUUAUUCAAGAAAUGGAAGUUGUGGAGGGAGAACAAAAGUCACUGAGUGAUGCUCGUGAGCUCAAUGAAGGAGAUUAUCCUUUUUCAAAUCGGCUGAGGAAAGUGAAAGAAUUUCUUCAGAGGAACUCUGUAGCAAUUGAGGAGGUGGUCAGUGAACUUGGAAAUGGUAUUGCUGCUCUUCAUUCAGUCCCUACAGCCAUCUUUUGCUUCCUGCAUUGUCUGGAGCCACUCCCUGAACUACCACCUCACUAUAAUGGCCUUCAGAGAACAAUUGCAUAUAGCCUGGCAUUGGGUGGGGACACUGACACCAUUGCCACCAUGGCAGCAGCUAUUGCUGGGGCACAUUAUGGAAUAGAACAAGUGCCAGAUGACUGGAAAAAUUGUUGUGAAGGUUUUGAAGAAACAGAGCAUUGGGCAGAGAGGCUGUAUGACCUUUAUCAGUUUCGGGCCCGGGGAGGAUCUUUAAUGAGAGACCACAAUGACAAGUGUUUGGAGGGGGCAGCAAAUGAAGGAGCACAUUGAAAGUUAACAAGAAAUAAGUGACUAAAGGACAGUCCCUCGCACCCUCCAGGCAGAGAUAUGAUUCGUAUGUAUGUUCACGUGUCCUUACAAGAUGGUGUCCCUAAGUACGUGUUUUACUUCAGUGUAAAAUCUUACAAAGAGUAAUGCUAACCUUAUUUACCAUUCAGAGGGUUUAGGCCUGGCUUUGUGUUUUGCAUGACAUGGUGUGCAUCACAAGUGCUUGUGGUCUACUGAAUUUUCCUUUUUUUAAGAGAUGUGGCAUAACAGUAGCAUUCUUCUAAUGAGAUGAGCUUUAUGAAAACACAAGUCUUUUGAAAAAAAGAUUCCUAUGUGCUACAACUCCUUGUUUGUUGCUUCCAUUUUGGGAAUCCCUGUGAUCAGGUACCCACCUCAGACUUUCCUAUGAACCCCAUAGUGGUUAUGAGAUAUGGCGGAUAGAAAUACAUAUAGGGUGCUGCAGCAGAGUGGGGAAGGCAUUGUACCACAGGUACUGGGAGAAAAGGUGGUCGUCUGAAAAAGAGAGAUUCUUAGUAAUUAUUCUUCUGCAACCAAAUUUGUGCUAAUUAAAAUGAAUGUUAUUAAAUAAUGA